GAAAUGGCUCUUCGAGCAAUGAUGAUUCUGGUGGCAACGGCCAUGGUCAUGGCUUAUCGAUCAAUUCCUGUCACCGCACAGACAGGCUGCACGGCAGAGAUUAUCAGUCUGGCGCCAUGCCUGAGCUAUAUUUCCGGCAACUCGACCGCGCCGUCGUCGAGUUGUUGUUCUCAGCUGAGUAACGUUGUGAGAUCGCAACCUCUAUGCCUAUGCACUGUGCUCAACGGAGGCUUCUCCAUUGGUAUUUCACUAAAUAAGACUCGGGCCUUAGCCCUUCCAGGAGCCUGUAAGGUCCAAACACCGCCUGUUAGUAAAUGCAAUGCAACUAGUUCAGGAGGUCCGACGACCUCUCCGGCAAAGUCUCCGGAAGCAACCGCAAGUUCGCCGGUGAGCCCAUCAAGUAAUCCGGCCCCAUCCACCUCUCCGACUGGAACUGGACCUUCAGCAAAUGGAUCGAAAUCAAGGAAUGGCAGCUCGAACAAAUCAGUUGUUCUCUUUAUGCUCUCUGCUGUGUUUUUUGCUUCCUGCUUCUAAAUCUUUAGCAUUUUAUUUC